AUGUCGAAUACGCCAUUACCACAAUGGACGCACUCCCUUCCCGACACCCGGUACCCCGAUACGGGCACCCGUGUCGGUGACGGUGCAGGAAGAGGAUUAGCAGCAACAAUUCCAAAUCCCGCAUAUUCGACUCCAGAACCCCCGCGGUUUCUAUUUCCAGACAGUCAAGGCUAUGAUCCUACUGCUAGUACUUCGACUCAUCCUAGGUUUGUAUUUGAAGGCGCAAGGCGAGAUAGUGUGGAGCAUCGAUAUAGUGUCUCCUCAACUGCGAGUGGGCCUCUUGCUCCGUACGCAGUGCAGCGUUUGAGCAUCUCAAAAAGUGUUGACUACUAUGGGCCGUCAAGUUCCUAUCAUGAAACAUCAAGUCAAGGCCGUGGCUCCAUAGGCUCCACGGGGCGGACAAACGACAUGGAAUCUCUUUGUUCCUCCACGACGUUUCCAAGCCCCGUCCACUCUGAUAAAAGCUCGGCAAUGUUCAACACCAACCCUACGCCAAAGUAUUCAUUGCAGCAACCGCCGCGUCAGACAACGUCCGGCGUACCAUUGGGCUUUGAGAACCUGCUUCACCAUUCGCCAUCACCACCCCCGCGGCGGCCUUCCACAGCUUCCCGCUAUCAUUUACACAUUCGACAGCAACCAAUGGCGGCAAGAGCUUGCGGCUUUGGUGAUAGAGAUCGGCGGCCUGUUGAUCCACCACCCAUCAUCCAAUUGCUUCUAACCGACUUCGACCCCGUAUCAGAUCAAGAUAAGGAUAUCUUGCAAGAUCCGAGAUUUGCCGUUGGUUGUCUUCUAUUCCCUGCGGCGACACCCCCCCAGCAAGGCCCACCAGAUAGGGAGAGAGGGGGUACCAUCCGUGAAAGUCGCCUUGGAUCAACUGCGAGCCCAGGUCAAUCAACGCCUUUGCUUUCCGGAAAGGCGUUCAUUUCUCCCUUCUAUGUUGAUGCAGACCCGGACCCUGCGACGGCACCUGCCCACCCGACUAGUGAGGAUUACGUGACGCAGAGGACCUCUACAGGACCGGUACGAAUGAAACAACCGGCGGCAUUUUUCAUAUUCUCAGACCUUUCCAUCCACGCAGCUGGGGAGUAUCGGCUACAAUUUCGGCUCAUGAACUGGGGCCACGUGGAGGAUACCGGUCAGCCUAUGCCUAUCCUCGCGGAGGCGUGGUCGGAGCCAUUCCGCGUUUUCCCAGCUAAGGACUUCCCCGGGAUGCAAGACUCAUCGCCGCUCGCGGAGGGACUCAAGGAGCUCGGGUUUACCGAACUAAAAACAAGGGGCAAGGGCAAGGGCAAGGGAAGGAAGCGUUGA